AUGAUGGAAGACAUUGGCAAUCAAGAUAUUUGGUCAAAUAUGUUGUCCAAUUCACAAUCAAUGUUGUCAACAUCAAUCACUGCCGCUGACUUGUUUGCUGGCUUUGAUUGCAAUGCUGUUACUUCAAGUGGCAACAAUAUAAAUUUAAAUACAAAGAUGACAGAGUCAACAUUAUUCAUUAAUAAUAAUGAUGUACAACUGCAACAACAACAACAUAAUAUACAACAUAAUAUACAACAACAAGAUUGUUCAACUGAACAUUUGAGUAGCUCAGCUACUUCAACAUCCAAUUCGAGUGAUUUGUACAAUAUGCAAGAGUUGCCAACUAUUAGUACAAUCCCAGAGAUGCCACAGUUCACAGAUGACUCUAUGUUGUCUUCGCCAGCCGGUUCAUACUCCUCAUCAAGCAGUCUCUCAUCGCCCGCACAAGACUACCAACAUCAAUACGCCAAUCAGUUGACUCCAAGUGGCGGUGCAUACGCACAAACAUCAUCCCCAUCACAGCCAGAUGCCGGCCAGCAGCUCAACAACCCGUUCAGCUCAACAUCCAUGGACACUCUGGAGAGCGAGUACAACGACAUGAUGAACACACCAUUCACCAAGGAGUCAUUCUUUAGCAAACUAAAGAUGAUCCUGCCAACAUUCACUCCACGCUUCGAGGAGUCGCAAGAGAACGACGACAACGCCACUUCAACCUCCUCCUCACACAAGUCUGAGAAGGAGGGCAAGAAGAGAGGACGUGAUGCCGAAGCCGAGGCAGCUGCCGCCAACAUCACGGUGCUGUCCAAGGAGGAGGUGCUCAAGCUCUCGUCCAAGGAGAUCGAGGAGUACUCGGCCAAGCUGAAGCAGGCCAAGCUCAUCUCAUCGUCCGAAGAGAAGGAGCUCAAGAAACAGCGUCGUCUGAUCAAGAACAGAGAGUACGCUUCACAGUCGCGCUCCAGAAAGAAGGUUUACGUCGACACGAUCGAGUCCAAGCUGGACAAGGUCAAUCAAGAGAACGACAACAUGCGUGACCAACUCGACAACUUCAAGAAUGAGAACCGCGAGCUCAAGAAGCAGCUGUUCUCCCUGACAUCAACACUUCGCGCGAACCCCGCGCUGGCUGAGGCCUUUGGUAAGAUCUUCUCCCUCGGCACUGCUGCUCCUAAUAAGACAGCUGCCAAUGUAACUUUAUUUGUAUUCUUUGUGUUAUUUACCUUCUCCUUCUUGCUGCCGAUGCAACAAUCAACCUUCAUAUUCACUCAAUCAGGAAACGAAUUUGUACAGCGCCACCUACUCAACGGAGAUAGCUUUGGCUUUAGCAAGUACUCCUUCUUUGACAAGACAAACAAUAUUACCAAUCAGAUACUGGAGGAGACUAGAGGCUUCCUGUCCAACCUGUUUGGACCACUCGCCAACAAGCGACCUGUGGACUCUUCACUCUAUGAUGAACUCACCAACUCCUCAUCAUCACUCAAAUCACCAUCUUCGACAUCCUCGUCGCUAUCAUCAUCACGCAAGUCGCCAUACUCAAAGGUCAAUGCCAAUGUUGUUGGCAAGUCACAUCAAAAGGAAUCAAGAAAGAUUGCCAACAAGCGACAACAAAAGAAAGCGGCAGAGGCACUCAGGGAAUCAAUGUCCUCCGCCUGUGACGAGAGUGAUUGUGGCUCAUCAUCACCUUUGACCUGCUCAUCCCCUUAUCCUCAUCAUCAGACUUUGAGUGAUCAUGCAAUCAAUCAU